ACAAACUCAUAUUUCAGUAUGACCAAUGAAUUUGUUACAAGUAACAAUAACCAUGGACAAACCAAGAAAUCUGGUGCCUUCAACUUGUGUUGGGAAGACAGCAAAAAGAUAUUUAACAACACCUGGAACCAAGAGACCAAACCUGUAGAAAUGUAUCGGACAGAUUUUAUAACAGCCAUGAAGAUACCUGACCAGCAGGUUCUUGAUGAUCAUUUCAUAAAGAUUGCAGAUGCAUGGAAACAGGAAUAUGAUAAAGGAGUCCAGGUUCCCGUUGAUAUAGUAAGCUUACCAAAGCCAGAUUUUAAGCUGCUUGAAAGCUCAAAUGAGGACAACAUUUGGACCUUGCCUGAGAGUUAUUACAAAUGGCAGCCUGAAGCUGAUGUGAUAGAUGAAGUGAUGAAUGGGAAAGUUCCUGAACCACUCUAUGAUAUGGACGAAGACGACAUUUCAUUUCUAGCUUCAAUCAACUCUGUAGAAGACUCUAAAGACAAUAUUACUGAAAUUGACUUUGAAGUUAUCUUCACUUAUCUUGACACUCUUUGCCACGUCAAUAUGUUUACAAAAUACCAAGAGAACAUAACAUACAGCAUACAGUAUGAUGAUUCAGUGUACUGUGAGGUAUGCAAAGAUAUUUAUAGUGAACCUGACAAUGAUAUGAUUUUCUGUGACAACUGUAACAUAUGUGUUCAUCAAAGCUGCUAUGGCGUCCCUAAAAUCCCAAAAGGAGAGUGGUACUGUGCGCCUUGUAAAGCAGACUGCUCCACUCCUGUGUGUUUACUGUGUAUGCAGGGAGAAGGUGCCUUUAAACUGGCCCAGCAGGGAGAAUGGGUUCAUAUAUUUUGUGCACUGUGGAUACCUGAAGUAGGAUUUGGAAAUAUCGAAAAGAUGGAACCGAUAACGAAAAUCAAACAAAUUCCCACAAAUCGGUGGUCGUUGUCAUGUUGCUUUUGUCAAGAAAGAGUAGGGGCUUGUAUCCAGUGUUCUAUGAAAGGUUGUUUUGUGCCCUUCCAUCCCUCAUGUGCUUACUCAAAUAGAUCUCAUAUGAUGACAACUUAUGGCACUCCCGAGGAGCCAGAGAUUGUUGAAAACUUUGCUUACUGUCUGAAGCACUCGUCAGAAAAGUUUCGAGAACCUUCCUCUAUGAACUCUAUUGUGCUACCGUUGUGCAGGAAAGAUAAACUGAACCCUCUUUACAGCAAUCAGACGAAAAUAGCAAGAACUCUUUUGAGUGAAUUCUACGAAUAUGUCGAUGUUUUAGAUGUGUCUACAGCUCUUGAUUUCAAUGUCAGUAUAAUCCAAUUUGCUUUUGACUAUUGGAAAGAAAAACGAAAACUGAACGGAAAUAAUCCCUCUAUCAGUUUACCACCAUUGAGUGACCUUGUAGAAAAGUCAUCAAAACUGAAUAAUGACGCAGAGAACAAUGAGUUGGAUCCGUUUUUAAAACUUGUUUCACUUCGCCAAGAUCUGGAACGAGCAAGAGUCUUGGUUCAUAUGUCAGAAAGACGAGAGCGCCUCAAGAAACGUGUGCUUAAUUCGGUGUUUUCAGUAAUUGAAUGCUGUUUUAAAGAGGGAAAGCAGCUUCCGGCAUCUCUUCUCAAGUUUAGUUUAUCGCCAGCGUCUUUUGCUCGGAACUCAAAUUCAAAUAGUUAUUCAACUGCAUCGAGUGGUGAGGAUAGUGAUCUAAACAUUUCUCAAUCAUCCAUAUCGAAAGUCUUUUUAUCUCCUGUAAACCAAAAGCCCAUUGAUGUUUAUAGUUUUAAAGACGAUGAAAACUCGCUGGUUGCUCAUGAAGUUAUUUUGAAAAAUGAGGACGUUUCAGAUCAAUCUGAUUCCAAAAAGAUUCCAUUUGAUUAUCAUUCCAGUGAAGAUCCUGAAUGGAUUGAAGCUCCACGAAAAGCAAAGAAAAAGAAGGCGGGACCGCUGUCCAAAAUAAACAAAAUGAAACAACUGGCAGCACACUUUUCUCGCAAAAUCACGAUAGAGUUUAGCGAUAAAAGUGAUGUCCAGUCGAGUGUAGACGACUCCUGCCACUUCUCCACACCUCCUACCUCUCCUGAGUUUACAUCGCCUCACGUCUUCUCAUUUCCUCAACAAGAAUCAGAGUCUUCUCAGACAACAACUAAACGUAGGAGAACAUCUUGUGAUUUAAGUGAUGAGGAUCGUGAUGACAAGUUUGUUCUGGCCAACACUCCUCCUUCACCUCCUAAAAAUAACAAAGAAAAUGCCAGGAGUUUAAACACGUCAAAAGAUGAAGAUGAUUCUAGAGUGGGAGGAACCUCACCCGUUAGAUCAAGUAGGUCGUCUAAACGCCAUAAACCUAACCAGAAGUAUGAUGCCUAUGAUUGCUCCUGAUCUUGGAGUUUAUUUGAACAUUGUUUAUAGUUUUAAUUAAAUUAGAUGCUAGUACAAAUUAUUAAUUUAAAUUGUAGUUGUUGCGGGAGUAUUAUCACGAAAGUUUUAUUUUUGUGAGUUUUUAAGUGUCAAGGGCAGGAAAUUUAUCGAGAUAAUCUAUCUGUUUUAUGUUUCAUGUAAUGUUGUUGGUUUUGAUGUGUUUGAUCGUUGAUAUGCAGAUAACCUGGUGACCUGUAAAUUUUGCUUCAUAAAGGAUCGUUCAAUCAAUACGUAUUACGUUUGCCAGAUUUGCCCAUUUAUAUCCCCGUCCGUAAACUUUAACGCAUAGAAAUUAGGAAUUUUGUAGAACUUUCAAUAAGGAAAACUUUCUCUAAAUCCCUCUCCCCUUAGGCUGCUUCUGUAAUUUGUGAAUGAUCCUAGUUUUAUUCUAUACAUUUAAAUCACUAAGUUGUAAUAAGCAAGUUUUAUAAAUUGUAAUUUCGUCUAGUAAUAAACAUCAAGCCACAGAAUCGUGGGUGUGGUUGUUUUAGAAUGGAAGUUGUUCCAGCUAUAUUACUAUUUCUUCUAAUCUCGAAUUUAGUAUCUAAGCUCAGUAAGAUUGGGUCGUAUUACUGCAAUUUACUCCAAUGUACGUGAGGGUAUGUAGGUUGCACAUACGCUCCCUGUGAUAUUAUGCGUACCUGGCAGUACCUGGAAUUGAAUUGGAUUGUAGUUCAUAUGCCUGUAAAUUCAGUUAUCAAUACGGUUAGAGUUCGGGCAGUAUAUAUUAUAUAUAAUAUUCACAAAAUUAUUAUUUCUUUGUUUACACUAUCUUUUUAAAACACACAUUAGAGAUAAAUUCUUAACUUAUUCACUAUAUUAAUUAAUUGUUACUCUAAU